AUGAUAAAAAUUGCAAACUUACUAUCAAAUGUUGGUCAUAAUGUGACUAUUAUACAAUCUCCAAUGAAUAAAGCAAUUGAUGAAAGUAAUAUAAAAGGACCAAAAGUUGUUGCACCAUCUAAAAGAAAUCCAGCCAUUGAUGCUAAAUCAAUAUUACUUGAUCAUAUCACUGAACAAUCAUGGACACAAAAUAAUGAAAAUCCAUUUGAUAUUAUUUUUGAAUUAAAACAGGUGUCAGAAUGGUUAGCGAAUAGUUGUGAAAAUACUAUAAGAGAUCAAAAAUUAACUAUAAAAAUGAGAGAAGAAAAUUUUGAUUUAGGUAUCUCUGAAAUAUUUGCACCAUGUGGAUUAGGAGUUUUAAAAUAUUAUAAUGUAAAACAUACGAUUACUGUUUCCUCUAGUGCAUAUUUUACUUCAAAUAUUGCAGCUUUAGGUUUACCAUUUCCUGUUUCACAACUUUCAACAACUAUUGCACCAUUACCACAAGAAAUGAAUAUGUUUGAAAGACUAAUUAAUCUAUUUUCAUAUUUUGCUGAAAAAAAAGUUUAUAAUGAUGCUUUAAAAUUGGGAAAUGCUGUAUUUGAAAAAGUUUAUCCAGAAGGACAAAUUGAUUUACAUAAACUUUUUAAGGAAACUGCAUUUUUUAUUACAAAUUCAGAUCCUUUGAUAAGUUAUGGUACACCAACAACACCAAACGUUUUACAAUUAGGUGGUUUUUUAAAUUCAAAUCCAAAACCAUUACCUGAUGCAUGGAAUAAAUUAUUAAAUCAAAGAAAAAAUAAUGUACUUGUUUCAUUUGGUACUAUUGUUAAACCAAGUAAAAUGACAAAUAAUAUGAAAGAAAAUUUAUUUAGACUAUUUAAAGAACAUUCAAAUAUAACAUUCUUUUUAAAAUAUGAUAAAAAUAGGCCAGAAUUGUUAAAUGGAUUUGAUAAUGUUUAUGUUUUCAAAUGGAUUCCACAAUAUGAUUUAUUAGCAGACUCAAGAUUGACACUUUUUAUUACUCAUGGUGGAAUGAAUUCAUUAUUGGAAGCUUCUAAAUUUGGUGUUCCAAUGUUAGAUAUUCCUUUAUUUGGAGACCAAUCAAAAAAUGCAAAAACUGUUCAAGAAUUAAAGUUAGGUAAAAUUGUUUCAAAAUAUGAUUUUAAUGGAGACUAUGAAAAAUUAAAAAACAUAUUUAAUGAUCUCAUAAAUAAUAAAAUAUAUUCACAAACGGCUAAAAAAAUUUCAUAUAUGAUGGCACGAAGACCAUAUGAUCCAAAAAUGUUAUUUAUAAAGUAUGUAGAAUUUGCUGCUCAAUUUGGCAAAGUAGAACAUUUCGCAAUUCCGGGUUCUGAUAUACCAUACUGGAAAUUUUUUUAUUUAGAUAUAAUAUCAUUAUUUAUUGGAAUUAUUUUUUUGAUAUUUGUCAUUAUCAAAAUGAUAAUAAAAAGUAUCAACAAAUUGUUUUGGAAAACUAAAAAAAAUCAAAAAAUUGAUUAG